GCUAUGUCGCACAGCAAACACUACAAUGAGUUCCCCCCUUGUCCCGGAAGACAGCACGUGACGUGAUGCGCUGCCGCAAACGACGUCAUCGCCAGGUACCCUCAGCUCCAGCCAAGUCAAGGAGAAUCAAUUCCCACACACACACACAAGACCUCUUCCACUCACGCCCGAUGUUUACUAACUGACGAAACACGAAGCAACAAAGCAUACAAUGACGGCCCCAGAGUCCCAAAGCUACCCCAUCGGCAGUCCCAAAGAAUGCGAACGCAUGGUCCGAGAUUGGGGAUUCAGCCAUGUCUUCACCUGGUCUGAUGGGAGUAACGCGCACUACCCGCCCCAUUCCCACGCCGGAGUGACGACACAUCUAAUCCGCAAGGGGAGUCUGACCAUCACGUAUCCCGAGGAUAAUGCUACGAGGCAUGGAGGCGAGGUCAGGAAGGAGACGCUUGGGGUGGGCGCGAGGCUGGAUGUGCCGGCGGGCAAGCUGCAUGAGGUGUGGAUCGGACAGGAGGGGUGUGAGUAUGUUAUUGGUGAAUAGGAACUGUGAGAUUGAGAUACAGCACGGAGUAUGUGUGUGUGUGAGGUCUAAUGUGAAGGGUAUUGGAAGUUUGGUGUAUCCCCUAACAGCACCUAUUGUAUCAACUUGGUGAUCAGCGAUUAACCGUUUGAAACUACCCCACCGUGUUUGGAGUACGGAGUACGGAGUACUUCACCGCUACUUUCAUGGCAACUGGGUGGGCUCUGAGCAUGUUUCUUUGCACGGAAUGUGGAUGCGCAGACUGGACUUUUCUGCCUGAUAGAUGCAGCUGACAAGUCAAUUCGUGAGAGGAUGGAAGAGGCUGAGAGGGGUUAUUGUUGAUUGUUGGUGCAUGAAAAAUGCCCCGCAUUGGUAUGGGAAGGCAGCCUUGCAGCGCUCUAAAUGCCUGACUGGCCUGCUGUUUGGAUCGUGGAGGUCAAAGGUAACUACAGUACAGGAGAUAUCAACAUAAUCCUCCUCCU